AUGAAGCGGGCUAAUUUAGAAGCUCUUAAGAAAAUAUUGGAGGAACUGGACCUGGACGAACAGCAGAAGAAAAGGUUAGAAGCUUUCCUCACGCAGAAGGCCAAAGUCAGUGAACUGAAAGACAAUGACUUCAAAUGAAUCUGUGAGCUGAGCGCAGGCAGUGGAGGAGUAGUCAACAAAGGGUGCUAUAAACCUUCAGGCAUAAUCAUGGCCAGAAAAGAUCUGUCUUGUCAUUUUAUUCACCUAGAAAUUAAACCUGCAUUUAGAAACCAGGGUGUAACUCCCCCUACAUUGUGGGUUUUCUAUGGAGCUUUUUACAGUGACGGAGAGAUCAGCAUCUGCAUGGAACACAUGGAUGGACAGGGUGAAUCUCUGGAGCAGGUGCUGAAAGAAGCAAAGUAUAUUCCAGAGGAGAUUCUGGGAAAAGUCAGCAUUACUGUUUUAAGAGGACUUACAGAAAAACCCCAAAUCAGGCUUAGAGAUGUGAAGCCAUCAAACAUACUGAUGAAUUCACGCUGUGAGAUCAAGUUGCUCAUAGACUUGAUUGCCAACUCCUUUGCUGGGACAAGAUCCUACAUGUCGAACCAUGCAUCAAUCAAAGGGACUGAGGUGGAGGAGGUAGACUUCGAUGGCUGGCUUUGUAAAACUAUGGAUCUAAACCGACGUAGCACUCCCACAUGCACUGCGGAUUGA